GAGAGAGUGUGUAUGUGUGUGUCCACUAGCAUGACUAAUCGGGGCUGUGUAUGAGUGCGUGAGUGUGUGAGAGAGAGUGUGUUAGUGUUCAUGUCGAGUUUCUCUCUCCUUCAUCUUUUGUCGCAGAACCUUGGAUCGCAUUACUCGGCUCCAGAGCUAACUCCGGAGUGUCCAUCUCCGCCUCUACAAUCAUGGACAAGCCCAAAGUGUUGGAACAGCUAUUGGAGGAGCUGCGGCGUUUCCUGAAGCUCCUGGAUGGAGAGAACCUGAGUGGAAAUGCAACUGUGCAAAAGAGCCUGCUUACUGACUUGCUGCAUUCAUACACAUCUUCAAAUGGUGGGGAUGAAGAGUAUAUUUAUAUGAACAAGGUCCAUGUAAUUGGACCUAACAAUGAAAAAAAAGAUUAUAGCCCAAUAACAGAGGCCAAUGAAAGUGCAGGAAAGCAUGCCUAUCCACCACGCAAGAGUCUUCCAGAGCUUCCUCCACCAAGAACACCAAUUGUAAGGAGUGAGCCAUUUUUCCUCCAACCAGUUCCAGCAUGUAUGGAUUCACCAGAGAGUUACUAUGAGGAGGCUCAGCCCUAUGAUUCCACAAUCAAUGAUGAUGGUGAAGCAGUAAGUAGUUCCUAUGAGUCCUAUGAUGAGGAGGAAGCGCCAAAGGGAAAAUCCACAGCACAACACCAGUGGCCAUCCACAGAGGCAUCUAUUGAGCUAAUGAAGGAUGCAAGGAUUUGUGCUUUCCUUUGGAGGAAGAAAUGGCUGGGCCAGUGGGCUAAACAGCUGUGUGUCAUCCGGGAAACUCGUCUCCUUUGCUACAAGAGUUCAAAAGACCAGACACCACUGUUGGACAUCAGUCUGCUGGGUUGCAACGUCACCUACAAAGAAAAGCAGCCUAAGCGAAAAGAGCACAGGCUGAAGAUCAUCCCCCAGUGCAGUGAGGCCAUUGUGCUGGGUCUACAGAGCAAAGAGCAGGCUGAACAGUGGCUGAAGGUCAUCCUGGAGAUCAGUCUUCAGUCUUUUGAAAGCCCUGAUGUCUCAGAUUCACCAAGACUAAUGUGUACUAAGACCGAACUUAAUGAGAGGUACUCCGUGGCAUCAGAAAGUGGCAGCAGCACAGACAGCCAUUUUGAGAACCUUGAGAUUAAAGAUGUCAAGAAGAAAUCCAGUACUGGCCUGAAGCUAAGUAAUCUGAUGAACAUUGGGAAAAAGAAGAUUUCUUCUUUAGAGACUGCUGAUAAGUGUCUGGAGACAUCAGGCUAUCUAAAUGUCCUGGUGAACAGCCAGUGGCGGUCACGCUGGUGUCUGAUAAAGAAUGGAAAGCUUUGGUUUUACCAGGAUAAGGGCAAAUCUAAGGUUUCCCAGCAGCCUGUGCCUUUAGAGGGGUGUAUGGUGCUACCUGACCCAAGCCCAGAACACCUCUACUCAUUUCACAUACGAAUCGAUGGAGAGGAGCUUGUUAUGUUGGAGGCUAAAUCAUCUGCUGACAUGGGCCAUUGGCUAGGAUUGUUACUCUCACAGACAGGAACCAAAACAGACCCAGAGGACCUGACCUACAACUAUGUAAACUCUGAGAGGAUAUCCAGCAUAGUCAAUUCAGCCAAGACCUCCAUGUACUUAAUGCAGAGGAGAUAUUCUGAGCAAAACAUGUACACAGACAGUCUGCCAACAAACAACGAUGGUUGUGAUGACAUAUACGAUGACGUGGCCUCAACAGAGAAUGAACUGGAGGAGAGUCAAGAUGGCAACAGUGAGGUGGUGAUAGAUCAAGAACCGGAUGAGAAUGACAGGGUAUAUCUGGAUCUGAUCCCUGUCCGCUCCUUCCUCCACACAAAUACAGGCCAAGUGUCUGCACAUUCAUCUUCUACAGCAACAAGGGAGCUCAGUCCAACCCCUGGUUCAAGUAAUAUACAACAUGACCCUGGCAGUGAGGAAGGUAUAUCUGCAGAGUCUGUGUAUGAAGCCUUGUUACCUAUACCGAAAGAACAUCCUGAACCUCCACCUAUUCCCCAAAGAUUGGAUUUUGACACCAGCACAUCCCCAGGUCGUCCUUCUCAGCCUCAACCACAGACUCAAACCCAGCAAAACCAACCCCAGUCUCAUCAAGUCAGCUUCCUGAGUAAGGAAGGCCAGAAGAAGGGCUCAUCCUUACCUUCACCUCAAAGCCAGAUACAUAGUCAACUUCUUACUCCUUCACAAACACCAAACAGUCCCCCAAAUCCAAGAGUAAGGGCUGCAAGCGCUGAUAGGGUUCUUGACAGACAGAAACUAUCUACAAUGAACUCUGGGUCAAUUGAGGUGAAGCUGGGGAAGAACCGAACGGAGGCCGAUGUGCGACGUUUUACAGAUGAGAAAGACCGGCUGGAGCGAGAAAGGGAGGAGGUCAAGACAACUCUGGCCUCGCUGAGAAAGAAGAGACGAGAAGCAAAAGAGGAGCUGACUUCAUGCAAAGAUGCUUCUAAUCAAGCUUCUCUGGAGUUAUGUCUGAAGGAGAAGGAGGAGGCAUGUCGGGAGGCAGAAAAAAGGAGAGUGGAGGUGGAGCUCAGGCUGGUGGAGGUAAGGGAGAGCUUAAGGAAGGUGGAGGCUGGACCCUUUACUCUGGGCACUACAGUGGACAGCAGCCUACUGGAUUUGCCAGCGCCCAAAAUCUCCCCUCCUGCCCCGUCUGCCCCAAACAACAACAGCGACUACUCACCUGUUAAUGCGGCAACGGCCCUGAAAAAUAGGCCCCUAUCAGUCAUUGCACCCAGCAAAGGAAAUGUACUGCAGAAAGCAAAGGAGUGGGAGAAGAAAUCUACAAAUUAGACAUGGGAAUGAAGAGAACAAGAGCAAAGUGACAAUGACAACCUGGAACUUUGCAAAGCCUGGGCAUGCUUCGAGGUCUACUCUGGCCCAGGCUUUUGGCAGGAAGGAAAAACAUCAUUUUUUUUUUUUCCCCCUCCCCAACUUUGUACACUUUACUCCUUAGCCCUCAUUCGCAAAUUCCUAUUCCCACUGUUUACUAUCCCACAUCCAGUGAAAGACUGUGAUGAUACUGCUUACCACAGGCAGCUUAACAGCAGCAACCCUGCUGACCCCUGCAUUAACCCAACAACCACUGCCACUGGACAUGGCAAAACUGUAUUUAAAAUAAUUCUACGAUAAAUGAGGGAUUGCAUAUUUUAUAAAGCAUUCUUUGAAGGUAUAUUUUGUAACAAUGAAGAGUUCAUUCUGGAAAAGCAUUUUUAUACAGCUCAGAAAAGAGGAAAGCAAAGAGCUUCCUAUAGUUAACAAUGUAGUACUGUCUAGACUUAUAGCUUAAAUUCGUGUAUGCUGGUAGCCUAGCUGUAAAUACAUUUAUACAGAGCCAAUUGGCUGUAUACUCGGUAAAAAAAAAACAUGCACUUUUUUAUUCCAAUAAAAAGCAGAUUUGAAACAUUUCACACUUUUGUGACCGCACCAAAUACCGUAUUCUGUCGUGAUAUUAAAGAUGCUGAUAUUGAUGAUACUGUAAUACUGAUGACAUUCCUCAAAAGACUUUUUUCUCUAGUAAAUGGCACCAGAAGACAUGUGCAUUAUUUGUAUACACUGUACAACACAAAGCAUCCAUUUGACACACAAAAAAAGGAAUGUAAUUAUUUUCUGUAAAGCUUAUAAAAUAAAUAUGUGAAAAUGA